GGCGCCCGCUCCGCAGCAUGGCUGGCCUCGGGCGGCCGGGCCCGGGGCCCCGCGCUGCGCUGCCCGCCUGGAAGCGGGAGAUCUUGGAGCGGAAGCGCGCCAAGCUGGCCGCCUUAGCCGGGGGCGCGGCGCCGGAGACCGGGGCCGAGGCGGGCGUGGCGGAGCCCUCGGGGCCGGCGGCCGAGCGGCUGGUGCUGGCCGAGAGCCUGGGCCCGCUGCGCGAGAACCCAUUCAUGCGUCUGGAGUCGGAGCGGCGGCGCGGGGCGCGGCGCGGCGGGGGUGCGGGGCCCGCGGGGGCGCGGCCCGUGCCGCAGCUGCUCGAACUGUACCGCCGUGUGCCCGGCGUGCGCACCUUCCACGCCGACAACAUCCUCAUCAUCGAGUCGGCUCCCGGCUUCCCGCCCGCCAGCCCAGGUGCGGGCCCCGGCCCAGCCGCCCGCAUCCGCGCCGCCGAGGUGCUGGUGUACGAGGCACCGCCGCCGCCCGGGCGCGUCAGCCGCCUGCUCCAGAAGUUCGACGCCCCGGCCGCGCCGCCUCGCCGGGGGAGCCCAGAGGGCGGCCGCCCCCCGCCCCCGCCCCAGCCGCCUCCGGCGCCGCCCGCUCCCGGCCCAGCCACCCCGCGCGUGGGCGAGCGCGCCGCCUGCUUCGAGCGCCGCGGUCCAGGGCCCAGGGCGCGGCGCGGCGACUUCCUACAGAAGACCGGCAGCAACUCCUUCACCGUCCACCCUCGGGGCCUGCACCACAGCGCUGGCCCUCACCCACCCGGCAAGGGGCCUGCUGCCCCCGAGGCCCGAGCCGGCGCUGCCAACGGCCUCGCAGGCUCCGCACCUGGGCCGGGCGAAUGGAAGCCAAAGGUGGAGUCGGGGGAACCCCCGGUCCACCCGUCCCCCAGCCCUGGGACCCCCAGUGCCACUCCAGCCGCGUCCCUGGCCUUGCCCACGUCCAACCCUGCUAGUGCCACUCCCAGCCAGCGCCAGUGGGUCGCCGCAGCCACCAGCACCAAUGACUCCUUUGAGAUAAGGCCAGCCUGCAAGCCAGACAUGGAUAGGAUCCCUGCUGGGGACCUCCAGGCCCGGGCCCUGGCCAGCCUCCGCAUGAACUCUCGAAACUCCUUUGUGUUCAUCCCUAAGCGCAAGGCCUCUGCGCAAACCUCUCUUGAAGGGAGGCAGGCCCGGGGGCUGCCAGAGAGAGAGGUUGACUGGGCCUCCCAAAGCCUGGAGCUUGAAGCCCAGCUGGUGCCUGAAAGGUAUAAUGUGCCUGCGGGAGGGAGGAGCCCCUUGGGGGUCGAGGAGGGGGCCUGCCCCAGGCCAGCUACUGCCCUCAUAGACCAGGCUGUUAGGCAGCAGAGGCUGUCCUCACCAUCCCUGGGUCUGUCAGCUGCUGCCGAAGCUAAGCCUGCCCAGGGCCUUGGGGUUCCCAGCUUGGCCAAGAACAGCAGGGAGCCUGGGAGGCCAGGGUUGCCUGUUACCUUCAUUGAUGAGGUGGACUCGGACGACGAGGUCCCCCAAGAAGCCAAACUGCCCUGCUCGGGAGCUGGUGGGCCUCCUUGGUACCACAGGCACUCCACUGGGGCUGGACACCCAUCAGGGCUCCAACCGAGAAGUGGGAACACCUUCACCGUGGUGCCCAAGAGGAAGCCAGGGCCCCUGCAAGCUAAUGGGGAGCCCGGGCCACAGGAAGCUGUGGAGGAGGAGGCAAGCCAUCCGGCAGACUCCCCAGCCACCCCCGGGACUGCCCUGAAGAAGCGCUAUCCCACCGUGCAUGAGAUUGAGGUGAUUGGUGGCUACCUGGCUCUAGAGAAGUCCUGCCUCACCAAGGCUGGCUCCUCGAGAAAGAAGAUGAAGAUCUCCUUCAAUGACAAGCGAUUGCAGACCACGUUUGAGUACCCUCCUGAGAACUCCCUGGUGCAGGAGGAGGAGUCUGAGGCCCAGGAGGAGGCGGAGGAGGAGGAGGAGGAAGAGGAAGAGGAAGAAGAGUUGUCCAGCUCAGAUGGGGCGGCAGUGGAAAAGCCCUUUGCGCUCUUCCUGCCCCGGGCCACUUUUGUGAACAGUGUGGGGCCUGAGAGCCCUCGCCUGCCGGACGGCAGCUCAGGCCUGUCCAGCUACACUCCAAAGCAUUCCGUGGCCUUUAAUAAAUGGCAGGAGCAGACACUGGAGCAGGCUCCACGUGAGGUAGAGCCCACACCAAAGGAGGUCAUGCUCACCCCGGCCAGUCACAAUGAUCUCUCAGACUUCCGUAGUGAGCCAGCUCUCUACUUCUGACCCCGGCCCUGCCAGGAUGGCCAAGGCUGAGCCCUGGGAACCGGGCAGUGCCCAGGAGCCCUGCCCUUGUGCUGCAACCCCCUUCUGCCCUGCCAGGCUCUGCCCUGCCAUAUCCCACCCUCCUUUCCUGGGGCCUCACAACUGUGCUAGUGCUCGGCCUGAGCCUAGGGCACGGGGGCACUCCUGAUGCUCUUGGGGGUGGCCCUGAUUUGGGGGCACUGCCUGUGGAGGGUGGACAGGGUCCUGCUGGACACCACGCCCAGUAGUGUCCGGUAUCUGUGAGGGGCUAGCUUGGCUGCCUGUCCUCUGGGAACUCCAGUCCUUCCAGCCCACACCCCCAACAGCCGACCUCAGCCCACCCCCUUUGUGAUGAAUGGCAAGUCUUUUUUUGCCUUUGAUGAUGGACUCAAUAAAUAGCACUGGACAAGG